UAUUCCGAUAUAACAAUGGCGGCGCCCUGCAUAAAAAUUUGCAAUGUAAUUUUGCGAUCGAUUUCCAGAACAGCUCUGACUAGAUAUAACAGACAUGCUGUUAGACAGAUGUGUACCACCAAUGGAAACAAAAAUCCACCACACAGCAACUUUAUAAAUCAAGAUUCUGCCCAGGGCGGAAGUGGGAGGUCUGAAUUUAAUGCCCAGGGCAGUAAUCAGGGCAGUACCCAGCAAGCAGGUUUCUCAGAGGAGGAAUUACGGACUUCUGAUGAAUAUUCUGGUGAGCAAGAAGAUGAGGAACUGCCAGAAGAAACAGAGGAAGAGUUCCAAACCAAACAAGCUAUACUGAAAGCCUCCCUACCAUUUGUACAUGACCAUGGGUGGACACGAAAUGCCUUAGCAGCUGGAGCAGAAUCUAUUGGUAUGCCAUCAAUAGCCCAUGGAAUGUUUCCUCGGGGUGGAGUGGAAUUAGUGUUUUAUUUUUAUGAAGAAUGUAAUAAAGAAUUGUCAUCCAUAUUGAAACAGAAAGUAGAAGGGAUGAAAGAGAAGGGAGAAAAGCUAAAAACUGGACCUUUCAUACAAGAUGCCGUAGAAACAAGAUUAAAAAUGAUAACACCGUAUAUUGACAAAUGGCCUCAGGCCAUGGCUAUACAGACACUGCCCCAGAAUGCGUUUCAGGCAUGGACUAAUUUAGGACGCUUAAUGGAUGAUAUAUGGUACUAUGCUGGAGAUAAGUCUAAUGAUUUUAAUUGGUACACUAAGAGAGGGUCGUUAGCGGCUGUUUACAAGAGUACAGAGAUCUACAUGAUCCAGGAUAAAUCGGAGGAUUAUGCUGACACCUGGCUGUUCCUGGAGAAUAGGCUGGAAGAUGUGGUCAAGGCUGGACAUCUGACCAGAAAUCUUCAGCAGACUGGCACGGUGCUAUCAGAGGGUGCUAUGGGGAUGUGUAUAAUGACUCGGAACAUACUGGGCAUGAACAACAGAUGACAGACUAAUUAAACAUUGUAGAAACCUUAAAGUGUUUAUUGGUUUAUGUUUUAAACAUAGACUUUUACCAUAUCCAUUCACUUUCUGCUUGCUGCCAUUUAAAAUGUGUUACUUGGUAUAGUGUACAUAGGUCUGUAUAUUGAUUUCGUUAUGAUUAAUGUUUGCGUAAUAAAAUGUUGUAAACAUGUA